UUGGUGUCGAAGGGAAUGACAAGCCUAUGAAAGGCCUUAGUCAGGAAGACCUGGUGAACCAGGAUCUGAUCACAGAGUUGACGAAAGAGUUUGGCAUGACCUACGAGGAGUUCUACAUGGUCCUCACAGACACUGACAUGAGAGUCAAGCAAUCCUAUGAGGUUCCCAUUGCCAUGAAGGCUGUAUUUAACUACAUCGACACCUUCUCCUCCCGAAUCCGAGAGAUGGAGCAGCAGAAGAGAGAUGGAGUGGUCUGUAAGAAGGAAGACAAGCCCAGAUCUUUGAAAAACUUUCUCUCCAGGUUCCGAUGGAGACGUCGCCUGUUCAUCAUCUCCGCUCCCAACGACAAGGAGUGGGCCUAUCAGCAGCAGCUCUACGCCCUAAACAGCCAAGCCUGCAAUCUGGGAAACUUUUCAGCCGGCCAGUUAGUCAACUUUUCCACAGUAACUUGAAAGUAAUUAUCGCACAUCUCAAAAAGAGGCAUUUGUCUCAACUUUGCAAA